AUGAGUCAGGAACUACUAUCGCCAGAUGUGUCUGGUUCUAUACCGACACCUCCUAAUUCUUCACAUGGAAAAGGUAAAAGUAAAGGUAAGUUAGUUCAAUCCAUACUUAAUUUUUCAACAUCAUCCCAACUGAAAACAUGUAAAGUAUGUGGAAUGUCAUAUUAUCAACAUAUAUCUAAAGAAGUUGAAAUUCAUAAGAAAUAUCAUACAAAUUUUAUUAAUGGAAUUAUAUGGCCAGAAUCUUUUACUGCUAAAUCUCUAAGAAGUUUUGUAAUACCUCCCAAAUCAAAGAAACAUAAAACUAUCCAAGUUCAAAUCUUAACUAUUGAUAAAACAAAUAAACGUCAAACCACUAAAAUUGAGCAAUUACUUGAAUUAGUAAAUAAAGAAUUAAAUGCUCCUGAAGAUUCUAAAUAUUGGAAAGAUCCCUUAAAGGAAUCAUCUAAGGUUUUCAUAUUAAAAAUUGAAGAUAGAGCUGUUGGUAUAUGUACUACUGAUGAAAUUGAAGAUAUUCAAAAACAAGGUAGAUGGAUGAUUCAUAGAACUCAAACAAUAGUUCCAAAUCAAGUCAAUAAUUCUAUAAGAUUAGGAAUUUCUAGAAUUUGGAUAGCUCCAAAAUGGCGUCGAUUAGGUUUAGCAAAUGCGUUACUUGAUAUUGUACUAAAUCAUUCAAUCUAUGGUGAUAUUUUAAAGAAAUAUCAAAUUGCAUUUAGUCAACCAAGUUAUAGUGGAGGACUCUUAGCUAAAAAAUUUAAUGGAGUAAUACAUAAAAGUGGUGAACUAUUAGUUCCUGUCUAUUUAGAGUUAUAA